GGAGGGCAGCAUUCAGCCAAGUGUCACUCUUAAUUGCACUUCCACUACUUACCACUUCAACCUGCCUUCAGAAAGGUUGCGCACGAUGGCAUCUCGACGUAUGAAUUCGUCUCGCAUCGUCAGUGACGAGGAUUUGAGCCUUGCACUUGCAAAACUACAGCGGGCAAAGCAAAGAGAUAUUGAGAUCACAAAGAAGCAGAAGCUCAUCGAUAGCGAGCUCGAUCGUCUCGAGGAGCAAAAGAGAUGUCUCAUCACGAAACGCCUGAUGGCUGGUGGGCAAUACAUCAACUGGCUCGCAGAUGUCUACCGCGACACCAUCAUUCCUUAUAGCAAAACCUGGAACCAGCAAUUCGCAGCGCAAAUCCAGACGCGUCUUCCACCUGAAGUGCGCGAUAUGAUCUACCACCACCUCUGGAAUAUCGACCCGCGUAGAUCAUUCCCCAAUACCAUUGCCCGAUCACAGAUCCGAUCAUCUCGAGACCACACGGAGUUUACUUGGGACUCCGAUACGAUUACAUUAUAUCCCUCCCUAGCAGGCUUCGCUCGAUCGACCGUUCGCGGUGACAAGAACGAUAUACGCCAGCUUUGUGAGCGGUCUUUCCUCCCUCAUUACAUAUGCGAAGAGUACGUAGGUCCGACCACUGCGACUGAAGUGGUGCUAUCCAUGUACAAAGCUUUCGGUACAGCUGGGUUCUUACUCUGUCAAUCACACCGCAUCGAGCGAGUUCUGACGGAGGAUUGCUUCGACGUGGGCCUCGACCCACUGAGUGCAAUACGACAGUUGACAGUACACUGCAAGAUGGAUCGAUACCGCACUCCUCCUCCGAAACACCCGCUUUUUUUCGGUUGCAAUCACAAAAUUUCCGAACUAGCUUACGUUCGCAAGAAGGCUUUGAAAGCGGAUUUUGGACCCUUGCUCGACGUCAAGAAGAAGAGUGGGUUUAAGCUACACAUUCUCCUCAUCCAGCGAGUUGUCCGCAUCGAUGUUCUAGCGGAGUUCAUAGAGACCCUCAGUGAGAUCUACGAGGCCUUCUGCAAAAAUGGUGCAUGUGUCACAGUAUCCUGGACCUACCGCGGACACUGGCAUCCUAAUCAGAUGAUUCCCGACGAGGAUCUUGUGAUCAAGGACAUCACUACUUUCUUCGACAUGCCGCGGGAAGUCUGGGCCUAUAACAUGAGCCGAUUUCUGCAGAAAGUCAAACGUUGCAUACUACCACGGCACUGGAGGAUCGACUGGGAGCUAACUGAUUCCGAGAUUCCGGCCAACCCCAGCAAAUUCUGGAUCAGUAAGAUGGUUCACGACAUGUGGUAUAGUUCCGAGAACGAGUUCACCACGGACGACGAAGAUGACUCGGACGAGUCUGGGGAAGAUUCUGCAGACGACGACGAUAAUGGCUCGGAUGUGGAUGGGCGAGCACAGAGUACCCUCUGUCCGUAGAAUGGCUGUAAUAGGAGAUAACGGGAAUCUUUUCUAGCAUUACUAGGGGCUAUGGCGGACGUUUGAGUAUACACUGAAUAGUUAAAUCCAUCUUUUCCCCUAUAGUUAGGUUGACCUUCUCGUAGGAUACAUCAAGCCCUUGCUCUUUCCCCUGCUAAUCAUUCAACGCGUCAAUACCCUCUAUUUCAAUCGUCUUCAUCACCGCUCCCCUCUUUAUCACACCAUCCACCAAUCUGGCAUAAUUCGGGUAGUUCUCCCGCAUCCCAAACUGCGUCCUAUUCCCCCACCGAUAGAACACAAGCAGAAACCCAUCUACAACUGUAAACGCCUCCCCAACCGCAUGCACCCUUCCUCCCUCCAGCUUACCCUCAAUAAACUCAAAGCACUCUUUCACCCACUCCCGCCCCCGCG